CGUUAUUGGGGCAAUAAACAUAUGCAAGCAGAUGAUUUCUAAAUUUCUAAUAUUAAUUGUUGCAACGUAGCGAAAAGCUAGCGUAAAAAUAAAGCGUUGGCAAUAGGGCAAAGUUCUGUUAAUAAAUGUAAACAACAAUGACGACAACCUGUGAAUUUCAAAACAAAGUCGAAAUUAGUGCAAAAACAUAUAAUUACGCGUUAUUCGAAGAUGUGCACCUGGCAUUGCCACCACCAACAACACCACCAGGUGACAAUCAAGGUGAAACGCUUUAUACGCGCGGGCAUUUCACGUAUUUUCAUUACGGCUGCGAUGGCACCUUGGAUACGGGUUGGGGCUGUGGCUAUCGCACACUGCAAACGGCCGUAUCAUGGAUUAUAAAUAGGCGCAGUGGCAACCAAGCUGUGCCCUCCAUUCGCGAGAUUCAGCGCAUGCUGGUCACCAUUGGUGACAAAUUGCCGCAAUUUGUUGAUUCACGCGAUUGGAUUGGCACACUGGAGGAGUUCUAUGUGAUUGACCUUAUGUUUGAGCUGCCCUGCAAAAUAGUCCAUGUACAGCAGCUGAACUCUGAACAGGUGAUUGACCAAAUACGUCGUUAUUUCGUUGAGUAUGCCGGAUUUAUAGCCAUGGGCGGAAUGAGCGACUUGGCCUCAAAGGGCAUUGCGGGCAUACAUCAGAGUCCAACUGCUGGCGUCUCUCUGCUGAUUGUGGAUCCGCACUUCUCUGGCGUGCCCAGCUCCAAGCAACAAUUGAUUCAAAAAGGCUACGUUCGUUGGAUGCACAUCAACGAGUUCCAAGAGAGCGCCUACAAUCUCUGCUUUAUUUUGCAGCAGUAGAAACUAUAGUUAAAUUUAA